UCAAUGGUCACGCUAAUCAAAUCAAAGAGUAAACACGCGUUGCUAAGAUUAUUGCAAAAUUAUCGAAGAAAAGGACGCGUAAAAUUUAAUAAAAUUAUGUGCAGCAUGUGCUAGGAGCGGCCGUGCAGUGGAAAAGUGCAGGUGCGAACGGGGGCAGCGGAUCGCGUCCCGCUAGUGCAGUGCACUCACACCAGCAUACCCGCACACAUCCAAACACCGACGCACACGCGAGCAAUGAAAACAACAAAAACAAAAGAAACAAGACCAACAAAAGCAACAAAGUGCCAAUAAUAACAACAACAACUAAAGAAAGAAAUUAUGUUUAAUUAUAAAUAAAAGGCAGCUGCAGUGUGGAAUGUGUACUACGGACUACUGUGAACCAGAACGCGAGAUAAAGUUUCCAAGUCCGCUCCGAAGGAGGAAGAGAUUCGAUUCGAAUUAAUAAAAAUUAAUUAAACAAACACCAUUUGUAUUUGCUUGGGUGUGCCUGUGUGUGUGUGUGGGUUGUUCUUCUUCUUAAAGCCGCAAAGUGAUAAAAAAAAAAUAGAUCUGAAAGUUAUUUGUUCUCAGUGCAUUUCCUGUUUGCUUUAACCCUUACCCUGUCGCCCAGCCUAACCCCCCUUUCUCCACCCUCUUCUUAUCAGCUGAUAGGCGCCGCCACCACCCCCCAGCCACCACCCCCAGCUCCCUUCGCUUACUUGCACCUGCUGAGAACGUGUGACUAAUGCACUGCUCGCGCAGUUUGUCAGCUGCUGGCGCCGUGGACUUGACAACAACAACAACAUCGGGUAGGGAACUGGCCAACCCAACAACCACAUCGGCCUUCUACAGAGCGGCUACGUCGGCGUCGGCAGCGGCCUCUGUCAGUACAACACCAACAAAACUAAACAAAAGCCAAUCUAUGGCCACCACAACAACAACAACAACAACGGCAGCCAUGGCAGCAGCCACAAACACUAAAGAUGGCGUCACCAUGCGCGAGAAGAAGGGAGGAGCCCUCCAGAAGCUCAAGAAGAGGCUAUCGCACAGCUUUGGCAGAUUAACAAUCUCGCGGGAAGACGGCGAUGACUCGACGCACCACCAUCACCACCACCACCACCAUCGCGGCGGCCACGGUGGCCACCACAAUCACGGUAACAAAGUUCCAUACAACGGCUACAACUCGGAGGAAUACUUGGACCGGCUCGAGCCCAACGGCAACAUCCCCGCUGACAAAAGCAAUUGCAGAUACGGAGCACAAGAAUCUGCGAAAAAUGAUAAUAACAAACCACAAGACUGGCGCAGCACGGACAGCACCGACCACCAUGAUCGGGUCCAGAGACAACUGUCCGUGUCCUCCGACAGCAAGCUGCUGGACGACGACAUCCGGGAGGAGAUGAAGUACCACUCGCACGUGGUCAUGCGUCCCAAGAAGCCGCCCAGACCCAAGUCGGAGGUGUUCCUCAACAAGCAGGAUCCGCAUCCGCGACGCAAGCGAUUCAGUGCAUUUGGGGGCGACUCCCCAUUCGGCAAGCAGGAGGCCUACGUCAAACUCGAACCGCUGGGCGAAGGGUCCUAUGCGACGGUCUACAAAGGAUUUAGCAAAUUAACCUACCAGCGGGUGGCGCUCAAGGAGAUCCGGCUGCAGGAGGAGGAGGGGGCUCCCUUCACCGCCAUUCGCGAGGCCUCGCUGCUGAAAGAACUGAAACACAGCAACAUCGUCACGCUCCACGACAUUGUACACACGCGCGAGACGCUGACCUUUGUCUUUGAAUAUGUGAAUACGGAUCUGUCGCAAUACAUGGAGAAGCAUCCUGGCGGCCUGGACCAUCGCAACGUGCGCCUGUUCCUGUUCCAGCUGCUCCGCGGACUUUCCUACUGCCACAAGCGGCGCGUCCUCCACCGCGACGUCAAGCCGCAGAACCUGCUCAUCAGCGACUGCGGCGAGCUGAAGCUGGCCGACUUCGGCCUGGCCCGGGCCAAGAGCGUCCCCAGCCACACCUACUCGCACGAGGUGGUCACGUUAUGGUACCGUCCUCCAGAUGUCCUGCUGGGCAGCACCGAGUACUCAACCUCGCUGGACAUGUGGGGCGUGGGCUGCAUCUUCGUGGAGAUGGUGACCGGAAUGCCGACGUUUCCGGGAAUACGUGAUACCUACGACCAGCUGGACAAGAUAUUCAAACUGCUCGGCACACCCACCGAGGACACGUGGCCCGGUGUUACCCACUUUCCCGGCUACAAGCCGCACAAGCUGGGUUUCUAUCGACCGCGGAAACUGGGUCACAACUUCCCACGACUGUACGACAUCAUCGAGGGCGAGACGAUAGCGAACGCCUUCCUGCAACUGAAUCCGGAGCAGCGCCUGGGCGCCGAUGAUGCACUGCAGCAUCCGUACUUUGCCCAGUUGCCAAAGAAACUCUACGAAUUGCCAGACGAAACCUCAAUAUUCACCGUGGAAGGCGUGCAGCUGUAUACGGAGCCGAACCGACAGAAUAAAUGAAAAUUAAAGCAAGUCCUCUCCGUGGAUGGCGUACGUUUCUACUGUUAGGAUAUCCCAGUCCUCAACCACACACCCCCCGACAUGGCCGCCUCCUGGACUAUCGAUCAAUUGAAGCCUAUCAAUCACAUCAUCCAGAAAUCCUGCAAUCCAGCAAUCUUUCAGUCGACAGCCAUAUAUUAUUGAAGCAAGAAGACUUCAACUCCAGCCACGUAGUGGGGCAGCACGAAGAAGUUCUGUACUAUAAUUCUACGAUACUUUUCCUAGUAGUUACUAGUUCGAUUCGGAGCGAGCUGAAUGAGUGACGGACAGCGGCAUUUGUUUCAAAUAGGCAGCUGUCUUAAAGUUUAGUUUAGGUUCUCGCAUUCACGCCAUUUAACCAUCGUGUCCUCUUCCCAUCCGCGGUGCAGCCGCAUCGAAAAGGAUACUCAGUUUAGUCAAAGCGCAUGUUUUCUGUAAUUCGUUUUUUUUAAGGCAAACACACACAAAACAAAAAUAUUUACAUUUUUAGCUAUAUGUAGCUUUUAGUGAAUGAAGUGCUUCUGUGGAUUACGCAAUAUAUUCGUAUGCAAUGAGAGUGAGAGCGAUAUUGUGAGAAGUUGUAUCAUCACCAUGUUUGCGUUAUAUAAUGUGCCCUGCCCGUGUGUAUUUCGUUUCCAUUAUUUUCCUUUAGCUUUAGUUUUACCAUCGAGGAGAUUUUUAAAGCGUAUGUUGUGCUGUGUAUUUAAAUUUUAGCUGCGAAUCAAAUCAAAAAGAACCAUUAGUGCAUGUUGGAAUAAUGGAGUGCAAUUAUAUCACUUGAUUGGCAAACAAAUAAAAAACCCAAUCGAUUUAUCAAGCAGGCACUCACAAAAAGUAAACAUUUACUUUAAAGCCAUUUAUUUUACAAAUUUGGUAGCACAGCCAACGUUUAUACAACACAAUUAUUUAGCUUUAAUUUCCGCUCACGGCUUUAGUCCUGAUUGUAUCAUUUUGUCAAUGCUUCCUUUGUCAUUAUCAAGUGAAAAUUCGCUGCGCUGUUAAGUGAUAAUCUUACACUAUUAAAUGAAUUUAUGUAAAAAGAAAGUAAAUAACCUAAAAAGAAUGAUAUGUAAAGCAAAUAAAUUUAAAUCACUUAUACCAUUUAA